UUAGUGCUCCCGCCCCCCCCCCAAAACAAAAAUUGGUCUUUCUCUCCCUCAACAAAGCGCAAAGUUUGACAUUACAUAAUGAUCUGGGAGGAGAUUCCACAAUUCAGCGAUCAAUUGGCCAGAAAGAGCAUAGAGUGUUUCAAGAGAUUGCCAAAAUCGGGGAAACCAACGCGCCAUGAGAAUGAAAAGGCAGAAUGGACCGUGUUAGCGUGUAUACUUGAAGUUUAUGCCAGAUCCGCAGAGGAGUAUUCGAUCCAGGUGGUUUCUUUGGGGACGGGCUUAAAGUGUUUGCCAUACAGCAAGCUUUGUAAACAAGGUCAAAUGGUCCAUGACAGCCACGCCGAGGUGAUUGCAAAGAGAGGGUUUCAAAGAUACGUGCUGGACCAGAUCAUCCGUGUCGGAAGAACCAGCCAGGAACAGCAAGAGGAAGGGCCGUUUUGUGUGACGGAUGCUGGGCGUGUCAUCUUAAAGUCAGGUUACAGUUUCCAUAUGUAUAUUAGCCAGUCCCCAUGUAAGUCGCUUUCCCUCCCUUGUUCUUUCUAGAUUUCCAUCAUCUUGAUAUCGUACACACAUGCAUUGCUGAAUCUCAAACAGCAGAGUCUUUGGCGGCAUUCCAAGCUGGCACUAAACGGAAAGGUGCAUUUGAUAUACCAGCUCUGACGAACAACAUUUAUGCAAACAAAAAGCGGAAAACCAAUCAGUGGCC